GAACAACAACAGAAAAAGUGCCCGUAUUACUAAUAAAAGCCGUCGUUCAUGGAGUGCCAGGGAAAAACUCAUGGUUAUCAGUUAUUAUGAGAAUGUUAAAAAUAUGAGAGCAACCGCAAGACGAUUUGAAAUCGAGCCAAAACAAGUUCGUGAGUGGCUAGACAAAAAAUAUGAACUUAUGAGUGCCACUCCUUACCUUUUAACGCUUAACUCUGGUCGCUGGGCCCAGUUCCCAUUAUUAAAAGAAAGACUUGUUAAGUGGAUUAAUGAAUAUCGCAAUGAGCAGUAUGCUGUUACCCAAAACAUGGUUGUAAAAAGGCCAAAACAUUAG